GCUGUUGAGCGGUUUUGAGUCUGUUGAAAAGCUGCAGUUCUGUGCACACGAACUUGGCAGUAAAUUGAACUUCUGAUUCCGAGUAAACAUUGACAGGAUCGGACCGCACAUGUGUUAAGAAAGGAUACAAAGUGUCCUUAAAUUCAAGCAGUCCAGUUUAAAAGGCUGCGAAUCACAAGCAAACGAAGAAAACUCGUUCCUCAGCUCAACCGCACUGAUGCGGCACCGGUUUCGGCAGAAAGAAAUAAUAAUCCAGAGCACUAAGUGGUUUGUAGGCCUGCAUUUUGCGCUAAUUGAUUUGGCGGCUGUCGUAUUUAAAGAUCUUUGGCUGGCUGAUCGAUACGAUAGCAACAAGGUACCGUUUUCUUUCUUCUACGCUUCACCCAAGGAUGAGAGGUGGCGCGCACCAGCCAAUGACAGCAUGAGACAAGUGCCGGCAGCAGCGCCACCCUCCUGGCUCUCCGCAUGCUCGCCCGUUCUUCGACCCCGCGACCAAGCAGGGCAGAGUACGCGACCCGCCUCCAUUGUGCGCCAAUAAGCGGCCUCUGCGGCCCUCUCCGUGUGGCCGGCAGAGUCGCUAGAUCUCCACCCAUCACUCCGGCCUGGGCGGAGCUUCUUGCUUCAAAGCCUCUGCCUGCCGCAGCCAAGCUGGCAAACCAGCAACGCUUGGGGACAUUGCACCAGCCUCGCUUCCGCCAGUUUGAUCCUGUCCGGCAUCUGCUGCUGCAAGAGUCCAGCCGUCGAGCUACUCGUUUGAUAGCUGUAGCUACUCGUCUCUGAGGACAGCUGUCGUUGCAGCCACUGAGCGCGAAAUGGAAAAGGAGAAGAAUCCGGGGUUUCUGCCGCCUUUCAGUCACUUCGCUACGCAGGCCAUCCACGUGGGGCAGGAUCCCGAACAAUGGAACUCCCUGGCGGUAGUGCCCCCUAUUUCUCUCUCGACCACCUUCAAGCAACGAGCGCCAGGAGAGCACUCUGGUUUUGAAUACAGCCGAUUGGGAAACCCUACACGAGAUUGUUUGGAAAAGGCUGUGGCAGCACUGGAUGGUGCCAAGCAUUGUUUAGCAUUUGCUUCUGGGUUAGCAGCUACUGUGAACAUUACACAUCUGCUAAAGGCAGGAGAUACUGUUGUUUGUACAGAUGAUGUAUAUGGAGGAACAAAUAGGUUUUUCCAGACGAUUGCAACACAGAUGGGUCUGAAGACUAUUCUUGUUGACUGUACCAACCUGGAAUGCCUCAAGGCUGCAAUCACACCAGAGACCAAGCUUGUCUGGAUUGAAACUCCUACAAAUCCAAUGCUAAAAGUUAUUGAUAUUCAAGCAUGUGCUGAUAUUGUCCAUAAACAUAAAGAUGCUCUUUUAGCAGUAGACAACACCUUCAUGUCUGCAUAUUUCCAGCGGCCUUUGUCUCUAGGAGCAGACAUUUGUAUGUAUUCAGCAACUAAGUACAUGAAUGGUCACAGUGAUGUUGUAAUGGGACUAGUUUCGGUAAAUGAUGACAAGGUCCAUGAGAAGCUCAGAUUCUUACAAAAUUCCAUUGGAGCAGUUCCAUCACCUUUUGACUGCUACCUUUGCAAUCGGGGUUUAAAGACACUAUCGGUCCGCAUGAAACAACAUUUUCUCAAUGCACUGGCUGUUGCCCGAUACCUAGAGUCAGAUCCUAGAGUAGAGAAGGUCAUUUUCCCUGGAUUGCCUUCACACCCACAAUAUGAGCUGAUGAAGCGUCAAUGCACAGGCUGCCCAGGAAUGCUUUCCUUUUACAUUAAAGGCAACCUUGAAAAUGCCUCUAAAUUUCUCAAAAGCAUAAAGCUUUUUACACUGGCUGAAAGUCUGGGAGGAUACGAAAGUCUGGCAGAACAUCCUGCCAUCAUGACUCACGCUUCAGUUCCAAAGGCAGAUAGAGAAGCCCUGGGAAUCUCUGACACGUUGAUUCGCGUGUCUGUUGGUUUAGAAGACUUGGAAGACUUACUAGAGGACCUUGACCAAGCUUUGAAGGCAGCAGUUCCUGAUUAUACGAUCCGUAACUAGGGUCAAGACUUGAAAUUGCAAUUGAUUCAAGCAUAUGGAAUGUAAAGACAAGAAACUGAAAAACUCAGCUUCUCAUGCAUUUUUCUUAGAUUUCAUUCCUUGAAAAUGAAGGAUAAUGACAUUUAAUGGUUGCCUUUUGGCCUUCUCACCCCAUCAAUGCAGCAAGUACCAUCAUCCCAUCAGCAUCUUGAUCUUUUGAUUUUAAAGAGUUGCCUUUAUUUCCAGCUGUAGCUCUCAUAACUGCAAAUCACACUCAGGAAUACUGUGUCCAUUUAUCCAUAAAGGUUGAUCUUAUUAAAAGGGUACACUGUUGUGCCAGUACAUCCUAUUCUUCCUCUUCAUUGUUGUACAUGCUGCUGAAUAAUCAUAGUAAUUUUAAAAAUGAAUUUUAAUAUCUAAUGCCAAAAAAGACUUCCAGGUACAAAAAGGGUCCUGGACAGCUUCUUCAAAUCUGCUUUCCCCCUCUCUUCUGUAAUACUUAAACAUGAAGAAAAAAAUCAUUUGUUUUUAAAAUUAAACCUUAAAUUUACUUUGGUUUCUGAAAUUGAAGUGCACUUUUUCAAAACCUAAACAUUGUAUUUGCUUUGAAUUUUUGAAAUUACCAGAAUGUAUAAUGAAUAGUGAAAGUUUUAUCUUGUGUUUGCAUAGGGCACUUCUAGUUCUGAGGUCUAAAUUUAUUGCUUCAAUAUGUGAGCUUAAUGAACUGUUUCCAUGAAUGCCACAGAUUUCAGGUCAAUUUGCACUUGUCAUAAAUUAAAACAAAGUUGAUUUGGA